CAGUUCCUGAGGGUGACGAAGCAGUACCUCCCGCACGUGGCCCGCCUGUGCCUCAUCAGCACCUUCCUGGAGGAUGGUAUCCGCAUGUGGUUCCAGUGGAGCGAACAGAGGGAUUACAUUGAUGGCACGUGGAACUGUGGCUAUUUCCUAGCCUCCAUCUUUGUGUUCAUAAAUCUCUUCGGACAGCUGAGCGGCUGUAUCCUGGUGCUGAGUAGGAACUUUGUGCAAUAUGCCUGCUUUGGACUGUUUGGAAUUAUAGCAUUACAGACUAUUGCAUAUAGCAUUCUAUGGGACCUGAAGUUCUUGAUGAGGAACCUUGCCCUUGGGGGAGGCUUACUGCUGCUUUUGGCUGAGUCGCGCUCAGAGGGGAAGAGCAUGUUUGCUGGUGUCCCUACCAUGCGGGAAAGCUCUCCUAAGCAGUACAUGCAGCUGGGAGGUCGUGUGCUGCUGGUCCUCAUGUUCAUGACACUGCUACAUUUUGAUAUGAACUUCUUUUCUAUUCUGCAGAACAUUGUGGGUACAGCCCUGAUUAUCUUGGUGGCAAUUGGCUUCAAGACAAAGCUUGCUGCCUUGACUCUCGUCAUCUGGCUCUUUGGCAUCAACAUCUACUUCAAUGCCUUCUGGACCGUCCCAGCCUACAAGCCCAUGCAUGACUUCCUCAAAUACGAUUUCUUCCAGACCAUGUCUGUAAUCGGAGGGCUUCUCCUUGUCGUUGCACUGGGCCCCGGCGGAGUCUCCAUGGAUGAGAAGAAAAAAGAGUGGUAACAGGAAUAGCAACACUUCUUGGGACAUAACAUAUUAAGUCCAGAACUGAUUCUCUAUGGAUUCAACAAAAACUGCCAGCAUUUUACACGUACAUGCCCCCUUCCUAUUAAAGGCACAGAUGUUUUGAAUUUGAUUUACAGUGGCACCAGUAAUAUAAUAGAUAAAUUCCUAUUUCUUCAAGGAAUGUUGCCUAGGCUUAUUCUAACUUCCUAGAUUUGGAACUAACCCAAGGAACCUGCAUUUUGCUGAUGCUUCAGUGAGUUGCAGUAGAAUGGUUGCUGUCUUUAAUGUCAGCAAUGUUUUAAAAUUUGAAGUACUGUGAGCAGAUACAGCUGUAUCAUUCAGUGUUGGGUUCUAGCUAUAACUAAUGAAGUGGAUCCCCUUUCUCACGCUCAUCAAAACUGUCUUGUGCAUAAGGAGUUCCAUUGCUGGUUAUAGCAUUGCUUAUCAAGGUGGAAAGCAGCAUCAAAGAAAAAUCACUUGUAAUUUUGCUGCUCAGAGGCCUGUAAUUCCAUUUUGUUUAACAGGAGGGGAGGUCUUUCCUGCCCCCAAAUAAAAGGCAAAAAGAAAGCUCUGAAAGUAGUCUUGCCCCCCUCUAGGUAAGAAAAGGGAGAGGGGUUUCUAUCAUGUCCCAGUUCUGCUCUUGAGGGGAACAAGGGAGAAUCCUGUACUGCUAAUCAGGAAUCCUGUAUGACUAAUCAGAUUUCAAGAAGGAAGAGGAGGAGAUACUCCUGGAGAAACAGAAU